CUCACUUCAGCUCAUCGCUUGAAAUGCAUGUCGGUGGAGAGUCUCUGCAGUGUGUUUGCCCGGCUACAGUGGCGCAGGCUUUCACAUCAUCUCCUCACAUCUUUCCUAAUCUCUUAUGUUUGGAAACCGACCUCUAUCGACAUGAACGCGCUCUUAUCGCCGACCAAGACCAAGAUGUCUGUUUACGCAGAAGUGAUCUUUUAUUCUCUUUUAGUCAAAUGGACCUAAUCGCGCUGGCCAAUGUAGCCGUCUAGUGCUCAGUUCUGCCCGCUCGGAGCGUUUUGUUUAGAUUGUUGUCUGCUUUAAAACAUUUACCUUUGGAUUUGGCCAAAAGCAUCUUCACACACCAGUCGGAUCAAAGAAGCGAUUCGACUUUUUUCAUCCGGGAGUGGGGGAUAAUAUGUCAAGACGAAAACAGACCAACCCUUUCAAAGUGAAUUGUAGGUAUCCCAGGGCCUUUUCACACGACUGGGUUGUCCGGCCCUCAGCACACUUUUGAGAUGGAUGCUAGAGAUGACUUCAUUGAAGACGGCGAAUGCCAUAGCAACAACUCACAGGAACCUGAAGAGCAAGACAGCACAAGUGAUGACGGUGAUAGUGAUUUUGAUAAGGAUGACUCCUCAAAUGCCUCUGCUGAUUACAGCAUGAUGAGUAAUAAGAGCAGCCACGGCCUCAUACUACAGGAUGACGUCAAGGAGGAGAGUGAGGAGGGGACAGACCAGGGGAGCAAUUUUGCUUGUCCUCUUUGUUCCCUGGAAUUCAGUGGCCCAGAUCAGCUCAUCGCACAUGUCUACCAGCAUACAGCUGUGGGUGGCAGUAAGAGUUAUAUCUGUCCUGUUUGUGGACGAGCUCUCAGUUCUCCAGGCUCUCUUGGCCGCCAUCUUCUCAUCCAUUCAGAGGACCGUCUGUCCAACUGUGCAGUGUGUGGGGCUCGCUUCACAGACACCAACAACUUCAACAGGGGAAAGUUGAAGGAAUUCCUUGACACAAGCAGUAUAGAGAUCAACAGUGAGGGUGAGGCCUGUGCCAUGUCCAACUCUCUACCCAGAAGCCCUAUGACGAACUCCAGCACAAAUCCUGGUCCUGUACUGACCUCAUUGCCAGACGGACUUCUCCCUUCUGGACCUCCUCUUCCCUCACUCUCUGACAGCCUCAGUCCUUCCAGCACAGGCCUUCCGCCUCUUCCAGACCUCAUGAACCCUAUGCCUGUGUACCCGGCUGGAGUUUUGUUGGUCUGCAACAGCUGCGUAGCCUACCAGCAGCUUGUGGAUGCCCAAUCGCCGUCCAUGAGGAAAUGGGCAAUGCGUAGAAAGAACGAACCCGUAGAGGUGCGGAUGCAGCGGCUGGAACGUGAGCGAACGGCCAAGAAGAGCAAGAGGGCAUGCGAGACACCGGAGGAGCGGGAGAUGCGGCGCUUACGAGACCGUGAGGCAAAGCGGCUGCAAAGGAUGCAGGAGACGGAUGAACAGCGGGCACGUCGUCUACAGCGUGACCGGGAGGCCAUGCGACUCAAACGGGCCAACGAGACACCCGAGAAGAGGCAGGCACGGCUAAUCCGUGAGAGGGAGGCCAAGAGGCUAAAGCGGCGCUUGGAGAAGAUAGACCCAUCGCUGAGAAACCAGAUCGAGCAUGAUCCUGCUGCAAUGGCUGCGCUCACUGCUGACAUGAAUCUAUUCCAGUUUUCCUUCCCCAUGUCCGUUCCCUCCAUGGACAAUGGACUGUUCAUGAAGCUUCCCUAACAAGCACAGCUCCAAACACUUCUCAGCCCGGCAUUUGAGAAGAACUUGCCAUUCUUAAAGAAUAACUAUCUUGACUAUAACUGUGAUGAGAUUGUUAUGCUCUUGAAGUUUCAAGGAGGCGCUCACCCUGACAGCGAUUUGCAGUGAUGUAGGUACCAGAUGUCGAUCAUUUUCAACGAGAGAUUUGAGGCAACAUGAGAGACCAUGGGUUGCAAUGCAACAGUGUUGAGCAGAGUUCAACUUUAUGCAGACAGGCAGCAACACAUGUGGCGACUACCAGUGGGAGUGUAGACAGCGAUGCUCACAUGAUCUGCUGCCUGAAACAGUUGGAUAUUGCCGUACAGAAGUGGUUCUACUGGACAGACGAGGCAGGCAAUUGCUUCAAAUUGCAGUUGGAUAACCCCAGAGGGCGGCAGAUUACAGUAGUCAACAGCAAGAAGAAAUAAACCUCCUUAAAACCAGUGCUCGGCAAUGUUUAUGAUGACAUUUUUGAGAAUCCGCCUCAUCCCUUUAGCUAUGACCUCAGUUAAACAUUGAAAUAAGAGCGAGAUGAUGUUGAUGAUGUUGCCAUCUGGUAGUCGGAGGAGGAAAAAAAUGGGCCUGGGGCACUGGAGUCCUUUACAAUCACCACCAGUCAAGUAGAAUGCCCACUAGGAACCAACAGUAUGGCGACUUGCUGACCUCCUCGUAUGUAAUUUAAUUGCUGUCAGUGUGAACGACCCUUUAUGGAUUUAUGUAACAGAAAUUGAUUUACAAAUUUAACUGAACUUGUAUAAAAAAAUUCCAACUUUCACAGAAGGGAAACAAGGCAAACAUGUAUCCCUGCCUGUAAGCAUGUUUUAGGAAAUCUGUCUACUUAAUUUUCAAGGCUCAGACAUUUAGCCAUCUUUUUUCAGAGCAGUGAGGCCUUUCCCUAAGGAGGUUCUCUGUUUGCACACGGACCUACAGUGACAGGAGUGAGACGUGUAGCCACACUCCACACUCAGCCUACGGUUCAAAUCUGCCAGUCUAAAAGGUUGGAGUUUACCUGCAACUAUGGCUCAUCUCCCAGGACCCUAGAUUGGGUCACUACUAGCUCAUAUUCACAGAACCAACUACCUCACCAUGGGCUCUUUGCAUGGCCUAGUCACAACCUGUGGUCUUGACCGGGACCAAAGGGGCCGUGCAGGACCACACACUGACUCAAUGUUCCUUAUGCCAACACCUACUAUAGUCCAGGGGUGUCCAAUCCUGCUCCUGGAGGACCACCUUCCUGGAGUUCAGCCACAACCCUAAUUAAACACACCUGAACCAUCUAAUCAAGGCAUUCAGGGUUACUUAAAAAUCUCCAGGCAGGUGUGUUGGAGCGAAUUAGACAUGAACUCCUAAAGCUUAAAAAUGCUCCCUUUGGAUGCAUACCAAGGUCGGGAGGUAUCAAGGCACGUCCGAAUCCAAUGUUAGCUUCACUUCCUGUCUCCUGAGAUACCUUCAUCUGAUCGAUUUUUGAAGGCAGCACAGAUGUAUCCUUCGCUGCCUUUGAUAGCCCACAAUCCUGUGCUUUCCAUUCUGUGAAAGCUGAGCUAUAAAAUAAAAAUGGCGUCUGAAAGGUGCAGUUGGUGGUCAGUUUCUACCUUUUUGACGUCAUUUCUAGCAAGAAAUUACUAUUGCAGUAAUUAAAUAUUUGCUUAGUUAUCACCAAAGCUCUCUCUAUUUUGCCAUAGAUCAUUAAACCGUUACGCUGCCUCAGAAGUAGGGCUGGGACAAUCGAUGCAUCGCGAAUCAAGAAAUGAUUCUGGAUCGAUUCUGAGAUUUUCCGAAUGCAUCGUGAUUCGAGAGAGAGAGAAUCGCGAAGCAUUUGGAAAAUCUCAGAAUCGAGCCACGAAUCGCAUAGAUUUAUUUUCCCAGCCCUACUCAGAAGUCUGUCCGAAAUCAGUUUUGCGAGGUACAUGCGCAAACACUUCCUACAAGUCAUAGCCUGAUAAGGCAGCGAGGCAACAAGUCAUCUGCCUACGUUUUCAGGUGCAGCCUCCAUGAAGGUGGCCCUCCUGGAGUAGGAUUGGACACACCUGCUAUUAUCAUUGCUCUACAUGUUUGCUGAAACGACAACACUUUAUUUAAAUGCUGUUUGAAUGCCACUGAUCCAAAUGGUGAAAUCUAUGUGGGCUUGUGGUCUCCUGGUCUUUCCUUACGCCGGUUUUGCAUCCACAAGACCAUAUUUAUCAAGAUUUACAAGGAUGCCACCUUUGCCGCCAAUAUGCCCCUCAAUGCACCCUUUAGUUGAGCCCGGACAAUUUGAGUGUGGACUCCAAGAAGGAUCUCAAGGGCUGUGGGUAACAUUUGGGACAACUUCUACGGAGGAUGUUGUCCUUUUCAAAAGAGGAAGGUUAUCUCUGUGGAAGUACUGUUAAUUACUGAAAGUAUCCUCUUCGAAGCACAUACAGCACACUUCUCUGACCUCCCAAAGGCUUUAUACCUUAUCACAAUGCUACACGGGUUGUUUUUUUUCUAGGAACUCAGGGAUGGUGUGGAUCAUCGGCAUCCUCACGGCCUGAGAACAUAGAGGAGCAGGAGACCUCCUCUUCCCAAUUCUUCAUUAUCAUCAUCACUUUCUCAGACCAGAUACUACCUUAUACUUACCUUUACUGGUCACAUUGGCCUUUUUUCUCUUAUUCAGACUGCAAACUCCCCACCUGAGCCAAAAUGUCGAUAAGGAUAUUACGCAACUCCAUUACAUCUCAACUAACCAACCAGUCUCUGCCCUCUGCUGCUGUCACUGUACUGUAAAAUGUGUAUGUUACCUCUUUAAACUAGUGUGGUCCCACACUGGACCUGGGAAUGCUUGUUGUUAAUGGUGAGGCACUUAGUGUGUGCUCGAACUUUAUGGCAACACAAGUAGUGUACAAAUUCAAAAAAAAAAAAUAAUAAUAAUGUUGCCUUUGUCACUGGAAAGUUGUGCUUUGGUUUUAUAUUUAAUGAUUUAAAUGAUUUUUUGUGCUAUUUCGAUGAGAUGUGCAAUGAUGUAAAGGUUUAGCGAAUGCAUGUACAAUGAAACAAUCAGGACGAACACUUCCAGAGAGCAAUCCCUCCUAUAUGAAGCAGAGAUAAUGCUGCAUAUGUAUGCUAUAAAUGGAAAUAGCAAGAUAAAUACACAUUACAAAAUGUUUCACACUAAUUUAAAGGUGAAGUGUGUAAUAUGUGCCACUGUCUGAUUACAAAAAUGAUACUUGCAUCCAAAACAUUGCCCCCUGUCUUCCAUUGUUCAUAAAACAGGUACUCCCAUCCCAAAUUCAAACUGACCCAGAGGUUGACAAGUUGGAACUCCCAACAAACAGAGCCAGUGUUUACAGCAGUGUUUCUCAAACGUUUUCAGGUGGUUAACCACUUCAAAAAGUGAAAGGAAAAGAAUGAACCACCAAAUCUCAUUUGGAGGUCUUACUCUACGGAGCCCCUAAGGGGACAUAGUGAAGAUAAAGAAAAAAUGAGAUUGGAGGAAAAAUUAUUUGGCAAUGCUUUGGCAAAUGUUUUGCGUUCCCCUGAGAAUGUUUGCACCCCCCGAUAAACUUUGCGUUCCCUCCCAAAGAACACAAAAGUUUUAUGAGUGAACACAUACUUUCUCAGGGGAACGCAAAACAUUUGCGAGACAAUGCAAAAGCAUCGACUUAUUAUUUUUCCUCCCAUUUUUUAUAUUUUUUUUUCCCACCACCAUGUCCCCUUAGGGGCUCCAUAUUAUUCAAUGUCCUUAUUACCGAUUCUGUCACCGAAAAAGUCGCGGUUUGGAUUUAAAUUGGCAAAUGCUUAAGGGUCUAUGAUUGGAUCAUUAUAACAGAGAUAAUGUUUCUAGCAUUUUAUAUGUUUGGCAACAGUUCUUUUAACCCUAAAAGAUGGAGUGUGUAGAUUUUAUUUUCUUAAAAAACCAUGUAGGAAGAAGAAAUUUUUCUUCAAGAUCUUGUAUUGACAAUUCAAGAGGUGAGCACUCUGUAAAGUCUCCUCCAGCACAUCCCAAAGACUUUCAAUGAGGUUUAGAUCUGGACUCAGAGGUGCCAAUUCACGUGUGAAAAUGAUUCUUCAUGCUUUUUGAACCACCCUUUCACAAUUUUAACCCUGAUGAAUUCAUUUCCUGAGGAAAUGAAAAGCUACACACUCCAUCUUUUAGGGUUAAAAGUACUGUUGCCAAACAUAUAACAUGCUAGAAACAUAAUAAUCAUUGUAAUAAUGAUCCAAUCAUAGAUUCUUAAGUAUUUGGCUAUUAAAAUCCAAACAGCAACUUUUUUUUUGGCUGGGCAGUGUAUAAACAUGAAUCAUUGAAGACGGACAAUAGAAACACUUUAUCUUAAUAUUAAUGUUAAAUCAUUGUUACAAGUUGAUUUGAUUGAAUUAAUUCAAUGUUGGUGCUUUUUAUAAAUUGUAAUUAUUUUAUUUAUUCAGGUCUUUUUUUAUUGACUAAACUCGCAACCACAGUUUGAGAACCACUCUGCACAUAAAGUUGGGAGAACAUUACACACAUCACCUUGAAGCUUUACUCAGUUCUCAGUGUUUCAUAUUGGCGUCAGUUAUGUUAAAAACGGACCACUGUACAUCUGUAAGUACCUCUUGAAAACAGGGUAGACUGUGUGUGUAUAUGAUAUGUAUGUCUUAUAUUUCAUUCCAAUACUUAUUACAAUUUAUUUAUUACUACAGUGAAUGAUGCACAUUUCAGUGUUUUAAAUUCACAAAUGUUGUCAUUGCCAUCUUUAGAGAUACCUCUAAUGUUCAAAGUGAAGCAGCUGAGCUUUUCCGCACAGUUGAAGGCAACUGGAUACUGGUCCCACGUUCAUGCUGUUGUGAAGUAUUAAUGAUGGGUUCCUUAAGAAAAGGAAAGUAUUUAAUGUACAUGUGAUGAAGCAUCACUAUGCAAUUGAGAGCUGUACUCAAGAAACUUUGUAUUACUACUAUGCAGUUGAUAUGAAAGUAAAUGGACUCAAAUGCUCCAGAUCACAAACCUCAGGCAACUCUUGACAGUCAAGCCAUUUGUCCUCAAGUCCGUAAGAUCCAUCCUUAGUUUUGUUUUCAUUUAAUCGAGUUGAUGUAUGCACAUUCAGGAAGAACAAUGCAAUUUUUAUGAUAAAUUCCCUGAAAUUCAUUAUAAAGCACUGAGUUAUUUCAUACAGUAGCAUUAAAUUUGUGGAAACCCAUCCCAAUGCAAUGAGAAAAUCUAAUGAUUCUCUGUAGUCUAGAAUGAGAUGUUGGCAGGAUGCAUUGUCUAUUUUGAAGAUAAAAAAAAAUAUAAGAGUAUUUUCAAACAUUAACCCUAUUUAGUCUGCAUUAUUCCUAAAUUUUAUUCCUAUAUUUUAGUGGUAUGCAUUGCCAUGUGACAUGUUAUGCAUUAAGGAACCAUUUUCUUUUACAUAUUUGUGCAUAUAAGUCAGUAAACCCCUGGCAAUGGAACUUGCAUGUUAUAAAAUACAUGUUCUUAAUGCAUUUAUUCAAGCUUUCCAUUAAGGAUUGGAGUCUAAUAAUUACUUGCCUUUUUGUUAUCUAGAUAUUUUCAUGAUAAUGUUUACAAAUCUCUAAAAGGCCAAAAUGACUGAAACGUAAUAAAAGUGACAAGAAUAGCACUGGUCACAACAACGCCAAAUCCGGUCCUGUUCAGAAAGCCAUGCUCUGUUAUUGGGCUAACAGAUUGGAAGCUCAUCAUUAAAAGCAGGAACAGAAUGUGGAAUAAACAUUGACUUUACUGCUAAGACUUUGUUUCUGUCUUUCUCUCUUAAAAAAAAAAAAUGUACACAUGUAAAGUGAGAUAAAAACGUCUGAAACCACAUUGAAAAUGUGGUAUUCAAAAAUGCUCAUGCUGAUAAUCUCAUCUAUAAUGGGACAAAUAAACAGCAAAACAGAAGCAUUUUCACUAUUCAGGCCCUACUAAAAUUAUAUAUAUAUAUAUAUAUAAUUAAAAAUAUAUUUGUAUUGUACACUAUAUUGCCAAAAGUUUUGGGACGCCUGCCUUUACGUGCACAUAAACUUUAAUGACAUCCCAUUCUUAAUCCGUAGGGUUUAAUAUGGAGUUGGCCCACCCUUUCCAGCUAUUACAGCUUCAACUCUUCUGGAAAGGCUUUCCACAAGGUUAUGGGAAUUUUUUGACCAUUCUUCUUGAAGCGCAUUUGUGAGGUCAGGCAGUGAUGUUGGAUGAAAAGGCCUGGCUCACAGUCUCCGCUCUAAUUCAUCCCAACGGUGUUGUAUCGGGUUGAGGUCAGGACUCUGUGCAGGCCAGUCAAGUUCCUCCACACCAAACUUGCUCAUCCAUGUCUUUAUGGACCUUGCUUUGUGCACUGGUGCGCAGUCAUGUUGGAACAGGAAGGGGCCAUCCCCAAACUGUUCCCACAAAGUUGGGAGCAUGAAAUUGUCCAAAACGUCUUGGUAUGUUGAAGCAUUAAGAGUUCCUUUCACUGGAACUAAGGGGUCAAGCCCAACCCCUGAAAAACACUUGGCACAAUGCAGUCAGGCAAGUACCGUUCUCCUGGCAACCAUCAAACCCAGAUUCGUCCAUUGGAUUGCCAGACAGAGAAGCGUGAUCGUCACUCCAGAGAACACGUCUCCACUGCUCUAGAGUCCAGUGGCGGCGAGCUUUACACCACUGCAUCCGACGCUUUGCAUUGCACUUGGUGAUGUAAGGCUUGGAUGCAGCUGCUCGGCCAUGGAAACCCAUUCCAUGAAGUUCUCUACGCACUGUUCUUGAGCUAAUCUGAAGGCCACACGAAAUUUGGAGGUCUGUAGCUAUUCUGCGCACUGUGUGCCUCAGCAUGCGCUGACCCCGCUCUGUGAUUUUACGUGGCCUACCACUUCGUGGCUGAGUUGCUGUUGGUCCCAAUUGCUUCCACUUUGUUAUGAUACCACUAACAGUUGACCGUGGAAUAUUUAGUAGUGAGGAAAUUUCAUGAAUGGACUUAUUGCACAGGUGGCAACCUAUCACGGUACCAUGCUUGAAUUCACUGAGCUCCUGAGAGCGACCCAUUCUUUCACAAAUGUUUGUAGAAGCAGUCUGCAUGCCUAGGUGCUUCAUUUUAUACACCUGUGGCCAUGGAAGUGAUUGGAAAACCUGAAUGCAAUGACUUGGAGAGGUGUCCCAAUACUUUUGGCAAUAUAGUGUACCUGAUGUAAUGUAUUUCAUCUGAUAUUUGGUCACAACAUGGUUAAAUUCGCUAAUCUUGAUUAUUUUCAAAAUUAUGCUGAAGAUGACAAAUAAUUCACCCCAUAGUGGAAUAUUAAAGAAACAACAAGAGCAGUUGUACAUUCACAGACUCAAGGUUUGUAUUUCAGAUUUUUAAAAAAUUAAUGCAUACUACAUUGGGUAUUAUUGUAAUCAUAAUCUAUUAUUAAACUCUGUAAUUGAUGCGUUGGAUUCAUCAGAUGCAUCAAUUCACUUUUACAACCCUUUUAUUACAAUUCACUAAUUAAAUGGAACGCAUAAGAAAAAACAGACGUCAAGCCAGCAUGUUAAUAUUAUAUAGAUAUAUAUAUAUAUUAUAUUGUGUUUACUUAAACAUGAUAAAUGCAAUGUUUCCAAGAAGUUAGCUGUAACAAUAAAAAUACAAUAUCUUUGUGUCCUUACAUAGAAUUAAAACAGGAAAACAAAAAAAACAAAAUAAAACAAAACAGCCCUAAGUAGUUCACAGAGAGGUACAAAUAUACAGUACAAAUCUAUUUUAUUCAAAAAAGGGUACAAAUAAAAACGCAACAAAAUAUAGUUAUUAAUGCUUUGUAAAGUUCAGGUAGGUGUAGGGUAGUCUAAGGGAGCACUUUGGGUAGACGACUCUAAGGCUUCUGAGAAGAAUUAAUACAUAUUGGUACGGCCAUACGAUAUUAAAACGUACUAUACAAAGUUUAUACAACCUGGAUUAUACUUGAGGAUUGAAUAUUACACAUACAUCAUUGCAUAUAUUUCGCAGAUUUUUAUGCAUUAAACAAAGAUGCCAUCUCAUUUAAAACUGGUCACACAUCACAUAAAAAGCAGUGUCACUUAGUGCCAAGAAGUACAAUGUCAAAUUUGAGAGUAUAUAAUGAUUCCUUUAAAACCUUAAACCGUUAGAAACCUGAUUUCAGCCGACAUUACUGACUCUGGCCUGCCGUGCCACUGAAUUCAGUCUGGGAUUUACACAAAACUGCCAUGUGUUAGGUUCAUAAAGCCUUCCAAAACAAUAUAUACAUUUAAUUAAAAAAAAAAAAAAAAAAAAAAAA